GUUAAUUUUUGACCAUUUUUGAAGUAAAUUAAAAUGUAUAAUGGUAAAAAUUGCACUUGUUUAAAAAUAAAAUAAUAAAUUUGAUCCAUCACCUUAAAUAAACUAGUGUGUGUAAAUUUAAAUUUUAUCCCAAAUUAUGUUAUGAAUUUUGUUGGGGAAAAUAUGGCAGCACAUACCCAACUUAAAUUGGUAAAUGACAUAUGCAUAGCAUAUAAUCAUGUUGUCCAACUAAUUAAUAUAUAUAUUGUUAUGUAAUUUUUUUUUUGUGAAACAGGAAUUAUAUUGCUAAGAACACUUUUGGGGAUAAUUUGCUUGAUUAUAUUGGUUAUACGCAAAUUAAAAAGGAGGCAUUUGUCGAUGGAUGACAUGAUUGAGAAUUUUCUUCAGAGUCAAAACAAUUUAAUGCCUAUAAGAUAUUCUUAUUCUGAAAUAAAAAGAAUGACGGAAGGUUUCAAGAAUAAACUAGGACAAGGAGGAUAUGGCUCUGUGUUUAAAGGAAAACUUCGAAGUGGUCAAUUUGUUGCGGUAAAAUUGUUAAACAAAUCAAAAGCUAAUGGUCAAGAUUUCAUCAAUGAAGUUGCAACUAUUGGAAGAAUUCAUCAUGUUAAUGUAGUAAGACUCAUUGGAUUUUGUGUGAAGGGAUCGAAACAAGCUCUUGUAUAUGACUUCAUGCAAAAUGGAUCCUUAGAUAAAAUAAUAUUUUCAACUGAAAGUAACACUUUGAGUUGGCAAAAAAUGUUUGAGAUUACAUUGGGAGUGGCUCGAGGUAUUGAAUAUUUACAUAGAGGUUGUGAAAUGCAAAUUUUACAUUUUGAUAUUAAGCCACAUAACAUUCUUCUAGAUGAGAACUUCAUCCCGAAAGUUUCAGAUUUUGGCCUUGCAAAAUUGUAUUCGGUGGAUGAUAGUAUUGUCUCUCUCACGGCUGCAAGAGGUACAUUAGGAUAUAUGGCUCCUGAAUUGUUUUAUAAAAAUAUUGGAAGCAUCUCAUAUAAAGCUGAUGUUUAUAGUUUUGGAAUGAUGUUAAUGGAAAUUGUCGGAAGGAGAAAAAAUGUGAAUGUCUCUGCUGAACAUUCGAGUCAAAUUUAUUUUCCAUCAUGGAUUUAUGAUCGACUUGAAGAAGGAGAUAACAUAGAGCUUAGAGAUGUAACGGAGAAUGAAAACAAAAUUAUGAGGAAAAUGUUAAUAGUAGCCUUUUGGUGCAUACAGAUGAAGCCCACAGAUCGUCCUUCAAUGAGCAAAGUCUUGAAGAUGCUUGAAAGUGAAGUUGAGCUCCUUGAAAUGCCUCCCAAGCCUGCUUUCUCUUGAAAUGUCAACCAAAUCAUUUGGUGUUGUAUUAUAAGUAAUAUUUAAUAUUGUAUGUUAAGCAAUGUUUCACUACUUUAUUAUAUUACUUUUAUAAUUUUUAUAGUAGAAACCUUAAGCUUGAGGCA